AUGCAGGAACUGGACAAUUGUAUAUCUCGCCUGACUGGCACGAAUCAGGAUCACCUGCUGGCGCUCCUUGGGGACGGCAGUGAUGCCGACAAGACGUCGCUCAUCCAGCAGCUCACUAAGGAUCUUCCGGGGGUUGAUUUUCACCACCUUAACGAUGUCCUGCUCGACAGCAUCCGGCUGUCCAAGACGGGAAGUGUUGCAGUGAUUGAACCACCGCCGAAAGAUUUUCUCCUUGACGUACCGGCGGAACUACGGAGCAAACCAGGUCAUAUCGCAGAGUUGGAGACGCUAGGCUANUUCUCCUUGACGUACCGGCGGAACUACGGAGCAAACCAGGUCAUAUCGCAGAGUUGGAGACGCUAG